GGAAAACUUCCAACAAUGUUGGCGACGGAAAGUGAAGUUCCACAACCAUCUCAUUACCGACGGAGGUUCCACCUCUGGAAGUCCUAUCUCUGGAGGUCCAAUCGUCUCUCUCCCACCUUGGACCUGCAGCAGGAGAAACCACAGGAGAAAGAAAUUGGGGACAUUGGAUUGGAUAGCAAUUCAUCCUUUGAAAAUCUGUUCAGUGCCCAGCCCUCCUGGGAGCAGUUACUUGUGUCUAAAAUUCAAUCAUUGACGCAUAUUGAGAAGACUUUGGUGCUGGAGUCUAUCCAGCGUCACAUCAAGGAUUAUCUGGAGGUAGAAUCUGAGUUCAUCUCAUUAGGAGUUUUUGACACCUAUCUCCAGGAUCUCAUUUCCACAAUGACAGAAUCUACGAAUUCCCUGGACAAGAAAUUUCUCUUUUACUGUUACGGAUUGGUCCUCAGAGAAUCCUUGGAGAACAUAAAAGUGAAGAAACACUUGUUUGCUCUCCUAGAGCUGUCUCACCAGACAGCCUUCCAACGAGAGGGCAUAGCACUAGCAGUUGGCCUGGCAUCCUCUAGCCACCUAGAAGAAACCUGGGCUGUAUUGGAGCAAUUUGGCCAAAAAAGAAUACUGAAGCUUGGUCUAUGUUCUGCUAGCCCCAAGAGCAUCCAUGACAUUUCUUGGAAGUGGGCAAGCAGUACAGCCCUGCUAUGCUACGGGCAGAUGGCGGUUCAUGCCAAGAACAGCAUCCUCCCAUGGGUGGACAGAAUCAUCUCCAGAAUGGUGCACUACUUCAAAUGCUGCAAAUACGACGAAGUUCUGAAGAGCAGUUUCCUCAGCUCCACGGCCAUGAUCUCCACAGCACUCAAGAGAGUCCUCGAGAGAGACAAUGGAGCGAAGGGCUACACAUUCAAACAGCUCCCGAGUCUGAUCGACUGUGUACUGAUCAGCAUUCAGAAGGAACCUCGAGAAUUUUUUGACACAUAUUUUCAUCAGAAGAGCCUACAAGUUAUCAGCACAUUGAGCUCUCUACAACCAUGUCUCAGUACAAAGGUCAAAACUAAUGUGCUCAGCACCUGCUUUGAAAGCCUGUUCAUGCUUCCAGCCACAGGGAUGUUAGCAAACAGUCUUCCUCAUCAGGAGACUCCACCUGAAGUCGAGAACCUGUAUGACAAGACUUUGGAGAACCUUGAUCAGCUUCUCCAGUGUUUCCUCUCUGAGCAUCAAACAAUGGAAGAACUCCAAUUUCUCCUGCAGCACUUUGAGCCCUGGCUCAUGGCCAAUGAGCCUCAUGCACGGCUCCGGGCCCUGAAGACUGCCUUGAUGCUCCUCCAGUACUCCCAGGAAAACCUGAAUCUGAUUUCUGAGACAUCACUGGAAAUGAUGGGACAUCAGUUGGCUUUGUUCAGUCUUCUUUGGAGAGAUGAGAGUGAAGAAAACCAGCACUGUGCUCGACAGUGCAUUUUGCUCCUCAUACGGCUCCUGAUACAAGAAAGGACUGAGGAAAACAUUAAGUGCCUAUGUACAUUAAAGCAAAUGAAGAAUUUGGACGUGAAGUUGUCGAAGGAAGGGAACAAAAAUUGCUCCCAUCUGGUAAAGGUAUUUGGACAAAACCUCUCAGUGAAUCAAAAUACCCAACUCAUCCUGACCUUCCUGAAUGGCCUAAAGAGCAACAACCAAGUCCAAGCAAAUCUGGCUUUGGAGUUGUUUAACCAUUUCCUAGAAACCCAAGGACUCAAGAUUGAGCAGGUGGCAGAAGUGUUUCAGGGCAUAUACAAGGUGUUCCCCUUAGUCACAUUCCCAAACGUUCAGCUGUCCCUUCUGAAAACUAUCCCAAAGUUGGGACAACAACACACUCAGAAAGUGGUUGAAGUACUCCUGUCCUUCGCCCGACCAGUGAACAGGCAGCUCACAGAGAUGUGGAAGAUCCUGGCAAUGGAUAAAAACCUGACGAGGAGACUCAUGACCAUGCUGUACCUGAAAAUGAAGAAUCGGCCAUCGGAAGAAGACAUGAUUUCAAAAAACAUAAUGGAUAAGACAGAACUGGAGUCCAUAGAGGCACUGAAUACAAUGUAUGAACUCCUCUACAUCCAGGAGUUCCGGGUAGCAGUCCAUUGGGCCUUUUCCAGGAUUCUUUUGGGCCUAUUGACACAGCUGCACUACCUCUUUGAACUGGGCAUGGUUGACAACUCCCUGGACCGUUUUGAAGACAUCCUGAAGUUGGAGUGUCUCAGUCCUUUCAGGACAUGCCUAGAGGCCCUGAAAGGUCUCUUCUGGACCACUGACAACUGGGAGAUAUUUGCCUAUAUGAAGCUACAACAGGGCUGGGACCUUUUCACGAAGAUGAAUACAUUCAAACAGGGUGUGACCCUUCUGACCAGGGCCAUCACUCACUACAAGUGUGAGAUCAAGAGCAUUUUAAUUCAUGCCAUGCACAGCAUGAAGAGUCCAUAUGAGCGGGAUCAUUUGGUAGGCAUCCUUGUUAUCACUGAGGUAAGGCUCUCCAGGUAG